AUGAUUCCUUCUGACCAAAGUAAAAAAGGUCAGUAUACAUUCAAUGGUGCGGGUAACUUCGUUACAAACUUACAAUAUAUACAGUACCGUCCAACGGAAACUAUACAUUUUUUUCGAGCGAGAUUCUAGCGAGUUUCGAGAAUGUUCAAGCGAGAAACGCGACGCGAAAGCUUGCGAGGGGCGCUAUCGCGACCUCUCGCUCGUUACGCGCAAUGACUCGCUCGAAUAAUUUGUUUACUGCUUUCGCGUAAUCGCGAAACGCGCUUCGCUAAUCGCGCUUCGCGAAUCGCGCUCGAUAAAUCGCUUAUGAGCAAAAACUUCAUGGCAGCGAAAAACAUAAAAGGCUAGUUAUUCAACAUACAUGUCGGCGUAUGGAAAUCCUACCUUGUUUUUUUUAAACGAUUGAGGCACAAGAUAUGGUUUUAAGACGCUGUCUUGCUUUUACGUUUUAUAAGUAUAGAUGUCUCGCAGCACUGUCGGUACAUAAAUUGUUCACAGUUUCACUUUAGGCUUAUAGCGAAGCGUCGAAAUUCGAAAAUGGCAUGAAUCGCGAUAAUUCUUUCAAUAUUUCAAAGCCAGAUAAUUUAUAAACAAACCUUUGUGAUAGAAACUGUAACAGCUUGUCGAGUUGUCGAUGCUCGCAGAGUUGAAACGCCAUGUCAAUGAAGCAGUAAAACACAGAUACACGUGUUUUAAUUUAAAGAUUCAAACCGAAUGAAUGCUUUGCCUUUGAGAAAGUGAAAUUAUUUUAAUUACUCAAUAACAAAAUUUAAACGGACAAAAAGCCUGUAUAAACCUUAAUGAUCCAUUAAUAACCGAUUAAUAACAAUAUGAACUAAAAAUAAAGUAUGACAACAAAAAUAAAGUAUGACAAUAUCAACUACAUAAAACUAAAAUAUGAGCCGUGUUGUUUUACACCCGAUCAAAAUACGCGCCUUGUCCGAAAUGAAAACAUGUUUUUUCUAGUAUUAAAUUAACAGAGAAGUAGCUACUACAAUAUUAAUGUCACAUACAGUAAAGCAAGUGUUACAUUUUCGCCAUUUGCAUGCCAGUUAUUUGACACGGUUUUGAAACGCAAAUCGACCGGAUGAAAUAUACGUUUGUGUUUGUUUGUUUGUUUCUGAUGGCGGGCUGUGGGAAACAUGUAAAAUGAGAGAAACUACGCCGUUAUGGUAUGCGUAUAUUUUAAUUCGGCUGUUUAAUCAAUGGGAUGAGAAGACUGGUAGCAGUUUAAAAGAACGAAGUACAAGCAUUGGCAUGUCUGACAGCAAGUAGCCUUCUUUGUCUCUGGCGUACUAUAGGUAUGUCAUUCUUAUAUAAAGUAUUUCUGUAUUAUUUUUCGCAAAUCUCGCAAUAUAAAUUUAUCGCAAAUCUCGUCAGAGACAGAGUCCUCAUCUUUGCGCUUUGUUGUUUUAAACGUUAAUAUAUACAAACUCGCCAAUUAAAAACUUAAAACAAUAAAAGGAGUAUGUAAAGGACGGCAAACUGCUGUUUUAAAUCGUUCACACGACAUUUACUCUUACAGUAUAUAAACGGAACACGUGCAUGCAGGGUAUAUACAAUUAAUCCGAACUGCAUGAAUAUGAAAAAAGAAUGUGAAACUAGUUUUUCAUAUCUCUCAAAAUGGUUCUGAAAUAAAUACAAUUAAACGUGCCAUAGUGGCAUUGCAGUUUUUAAUAACGCAUUUAUAAAUCAUGCACUUCGCGAAUACUCGAUACUCGAAUCUCGUUUCUCGAAAAUUUCUUCAAUUCGCAUCGCGACAACUCGAAUCGCGCUUCGCGUUUCGCGAAACUAGUCGUAGUCGAGCCAGUUAACCCAUUGAGUUGCAUUGUGCCCUGAUGCACCCUACUUUAUUAUUUUACUCUGUCUAACGCCAGGUUAUAUUUUACUCUGUCUAACGCCAGACGAUUUUACUCUGUCUAACGCCAGAUUAUUUUACUCUGUCUAACACCAGACGAUUUUACUCGUCAAGGGGAGAGCACACUUUAACAGGGAAAAGAUUAAUUAGGAAUACUUUCUCUUUCAAUGGGAAAUUCUUUAUCAAUAAAAGGAACAAUCCAAUUGUUCAUAGUGUUUAACUUUUCAUAUAAAGCAAAGACUGUAAGAGGAAACAUGGAUCAAAUUGGCUACUUUUUUUAUUUAGUAUUAAUUUUCAUGAAAGCAUGAUGUGGGGUUAACUAUAAAGGAAACAGUUAUUGUCUAUUUUGGAAUAAAAAAUUUAGAAUAUAGCAAUAUUCAUUGACAUUGAACACAUAUUUAUUUAGUUUUUGAAUAAUUUAAGUUCUUAAAUGCAUAUAAAUGUUAAAUAAAAUAAACAUUGAUUAAAAUAAACUUUGUAUUUUUAAACCACAAUUACACUACACUGUCGUAUUUACAUUUCACUGUAGUAUUUACACUGUCAGUAGUAAUUAGACUGUAGUAUUUACAUUUCAAGACCUUAACCAACAUCAUUCCUUGCCUCAACCAAGAUCCUCUGGAGAGCUUCUUUGGCCUCAUUAGGCAGCAGGGAGGGGGAGGAUUGUGACAACCCAUUAGUCCCAUCCAGUUCACCAGAGCAUUUUGCAAAUUGUAGAUAAUAUUUUGACACCACUUUCAAUUGGCAGCUGUGCUGAAGAUUCUGAUGCCUAUUUGAUUGCAUUUCACCCUAGCCAAUCUGAUUUAUCUGCAGGAAAUGAUCAGACAAGUCCACCACUAAUCCAAGCAGUUGAAGAUACCGACCACAAAACAAAUGAAAUUGAACAAAACUUAAAUAGUCAGCAUGAACUUAUGUGAGUUAUGUGUCAGGCUAUUUAUUAAGGAAGUGCCUUAUCUAACAUAGCUGUCCAAUAUGCCAUAAUAAUUUUGUGACAAACAAAGGAUGUCUCACUCAAUGACUGUAGUCUCUGCUAUUCUGCAUGUUCAAGAUCUCUGACCUUUGAAGGCUUAUGCAGUGCAGGCGGAUUAACAAUCCGUAAAGAAACGUUUCUUUGCUGGAGAAAUUAUACAUUUGUGAAUGUGGUUAACAGUUGCACAGAAAGUAUAAAAACAUAGUUAGUUUAACUUAUAAUUUUUGCUCACAAAUCCCAAAGCUACAUGGAACCUGUUGGAAGUGUUUUAAAUCAGCACCUAUGCUUUCUUAUUAAUGUAAAAGACAGGAAAGCACUGCAAUACGUUUGGCCCGCAUUAAAUUAGCGAAAUGGGAAUCUGCUUCUUGGCAGAAGUACAUCAUAAGCACCGAGAUUGUAAAAUAUGGCCAUCCGGUACAAAGUUUAUACUAUUUUUUUCUUUGUAUUUAGCCUAUAAACGUAUAUCUUUUUUCAUAAAAAUAACUACUUACCAUUUAUCUUUCAAAUUUGAAUCCCAAAAUGAAGAUCGGUGGAGCAACUUCGCAAAAAUAUUUAUUUUUCUACUUUCGAACGGUGUUUUGCCUAUGCUUUUGACUGAAAACACGACGAAUGACACUUGCCAGAGCAAUUUGCGUGGCGCGUGGAAAUGACGUUGCAUGGGGACACAAAGAACAAAGGAAUCGCCGCGAGUUCCGCCUCUGUAUACUCUGUGAUAAUAUGCACAAAAGUAUUUAACAUGAAAACGAGGCCAUUGAGUAAAAGAGAUUAAUGGACCUAUUGUCCAAUGAACAAAAUUUUGAUCUAGACAAGUCAAGACAAACAUUUUAUCACAGCUUCAAAGAGCAUCACAAAAUUAGUAAUAUUCCGAAGUUUCGUUGCGAAAUGUUGUAAAAUGCGGAUAAUAUAGACCUGUCAUUUUGUAUUAAGCACGGGAAAUUGAUACCUUCUUUCAGAAAGCGCGGUAUCAAUUUCCCUUGGGUAAUAUGGAUCAAAAUUUUGUUCAAUAGGGAAUAGGUCCAUUGGUAAGGUCUAUUAUUGCAAAAUUAUACGCUUAUCCGCUCCACUAUAAUUAACUGACGAUCACGAGCUGAGACUCGUCCUACUGUAGUACCCCAGCGUGAUAGGAACAUAUAUUUCUUUCUUCAGCAUCAACGAAUACAAUCUUUCGAAUUAUAAUGGCAAUAUUUGCAAAGUUCUUUAUCACCAACGCUUACUCGUCUUCGGCUGUAUGGGCGGCAGAGCUGUUCCCAACAUUCAUAAGGUUAGUAAUAUCAGUGAAAGUUAAAAUUUAGACAUUAUGCAAAAAGAUCUCAGAAUAUUGAAAUGAUGGGUUAUUUCAUUCCCUGUUUUUGUGUUGUCUCAUACUAAAUGACUUCUUUGUGAUUUCACUAUCAGGAGUAUGGCGUUAAGCUUUGGCUCAGUGGCCUCAAUUGUGGGCUCAAUUUGUGCAAGUUAUGCAAUUUGGUUGGUUAGUAUAUAAUGUCAUUCUACUUUGGUAUAUGAAAUACUAACAUGUAAAUUAGUAUAAUUCGAUAUGAACAUUGUUUUUUGAAAAAUGCUCUAGACUUGUUUUUAGCUAUAUUAUAACUAUGAAUAACUCAUUGGCUGAGCUUGUUCGGUCCGGACAGAAGGAAAUUAGUCUCGUUCUUUUUUCCUUUGUAUUUUGGUCUCGGCCCAUGUAUGUAUAUGUUAUUCUAUGGUGCAUAGUCUGCAGGAAAUUUUUGUCUUCAGGCUUUGUCCACAGGAAAAUAAUUAUUUUUCCAGCCCUAUCUGGUCAUUUUGCUAUUUUCAGUAAAGUAUUUUGCAAAUGUUUACAAUCUUAUUCACAAUCAUUUGUUAUUUCAAACUAAAUGUUGGACCAACAAUUUCAACUUUUUAAAAACAAACUUUCACAAAUUUGAUAACAAUAUUCGUCUUCGCUUUCAGAUAAGGAUUCAUCCGAUGCUUCCAUUUGGAAUCAUGGCAUUCUUCUGUUUACAGGCUUCUUUCGUCGCCAUGUUCCUACAAGAGACAAACGGCCAGCCCACUCUGGAGACUAUCUUAGAUAUGGAACCGAAAUUAGUACCAACAUCGAACGAAAAUGGAAAAGAUGAUUGCAUUCUGGAGGAAAAACUUUAA